UGACAGCGAUGUUGUUGGAGAUCGACCGAAACUGAAUGUGUUCGACCGACCUGUUGAUAAGUUUGUCAUUCAUGGCAUAUUCCAGGUAGCAUAUAUAGCUGUUACUUAUAUAUCUGAGCAAGUAUGACUUCCCCAGAGGUCCCCAUGGUAACCAGUGCCAUGGCUCCUCCGACUCGGGAUCCAUCGGCUGUCAUCGACACUGCAGCUCACAUCCAGGAAUCAAUGGCAGCCUUGGAUGAGAACCAGCCAUUCUACACCAAACAGGGGGAGAACUUUAUGUGUAAUCUUUGUGACAAAUCUUUCAACUAUAAAAAUGGCUUGAUAAGACAUUUAAGAUUGACACAUGGAAAAGAGAAACCAUUUGAAUGCAACAUAUGUCAUCGAAGAUUUGGCUACAAGAAUAUCUUGAUGGAACAUCAGAAUAUCCACUUUGGCAUCAAGCCCUAUGCUUGUAAUCUCUGUGACAAGCGUUUUGCAGCAAGAUCUAAUCUGGUCCAACAUAAGUUGGUGCAUAGGAAACCAUUUUGUUGUACGAUUUGUACCAAACGAUUUGACAAACCAGAACAACUUCAGAGGCAUCUACUGGGUCAUCCUGGUGGAGUAUUGAGUUGUAAUCUGUGUUCCUUCUCCACCACCAACCAGUUGUCACUAAAUGACCACAUACAGAAGAAUCACCCACCUCAGGUCAUGGACACAAAAGAGAAACAUUCCUCAAAUCAUAAUGGGUCACAAAUGGAUAAUUCAGGAUUCGGUCAACAGAAGGGGACACUACCACAGUUUGGCGUUGCCUUUAACUUCUCAAAGAUGAAGUCGCCAAGUCAGCCAAUGCAAACUCCGUCUCCGAGCCAUUCAGGGAGCAGUAGUCCAAUGGUGUCUUCAAGUCCAGGAAAUGACCUUUGUUCAGAUAAUAUUCGCCGUAUUGACAGUAUAUGUGCUAACCUGGCAACACGCAAUCCCUCCGCUCCACCUCAGGGGGACCUCAGUGGACUUCCCCAUGGCAUACAUGUGAAACAGGAACCUCAGUCGCCUUCUUCUGAUUCUGCUGACUCCGCCCACUUUAUGAACCCUGGCAUGAAUUCGCCAUAUGGACAAAACAUGAGUAUGAGUCACCUACACCAACAGCGUAUGGGAGGCUACUCUAGCACAGGUCAGUUUGGUUCAAGCAGUGGAAGUCAUCGUAGCCGAAGUCAAAGUGCUGAUAAUGCUGUAUUAGCGUCUGCAGUCAUCAAUGUAGAAUCUACACAACCUGGCUCCAGCAGACAUGGUGGCCAAACAAAAGAGGCAGCAGAUUCCACAAGCAAUGUGUCUGAGGUACUCUCCAUGCUGCAGAAUCUGGCUCGUCGCUCCGAGGAGGAAGGUCCAGGAAAAUUUCCGCAGAUUUCCAUCACCAUUAGCCAUCCAAAAAACAAUGUGGACAAGGCCACCCAAUUUACACAGCACAACCCGAGCGCACCCAAUCUGCAAGAUACUCUUGCUUAUUAUGAGGCCCAAGGCAAGAUCUACCGAUGCCAGCAUUGCCGUAUUUUGUUUGAGGAACGUGGGUUGUAUUUUCUGCAUGUUGCCCUCCACGGCUCUCCUAACCCCUGGGAGUGUAGCAUCUGUCAUACUGUAUUUGCAGACAGAAAUGACUUCCACCUGCACUUGAUCAACCAGCAGCAUUGUCAUGGUACUGCAUAGCAUCAGCUGUAAUUUAAUGGUCAGUUUAGUAGUGUUACCUACACAAUUUGUUCUAAUUAAGUUUUUAUAUGUAUGCUGAGUGAUACUGAGAGGGACAGUUCAGAGUUCACAUAUUCCUAUAAUGGCACAUUUGCCCGAUACCCAUUGGAUUGUUUGCAAAGUUUCAUACAAUAUUACCUUAUUUACUGAUUACUUGCUGCCUCUAUACUUGAAAGCGUCUCGCCUUCAGGUAUUCACUAACCAUCUGAAAAGAUAAUUGUUUUUUGUGUUUUAAAAUUUCUUGAAUACCGCUUUCAAAUAAAAUUUAACUCAUUCACCCCUAA